AUGUGGAAGUUUUUUGCUGGCUGCGAUCUGCAGGUCUCCUGUGGAUUCAUGCAAUUCCUAGAUUUUGCCUUGACUGACAAAAGCGAACUGAACCUAGACUCACAUAUCUUUGUUGCACCUCCUGAAACUGCGCCUCGCACCCUCUGUGGGAACAACGACAGGGAGGGGAAAGCCCGAGAGGAAAAGCAGACAACCACGGGCCACCGGAGAAAACCACAAAACAACCGAGAGGGAGACACCCGACCAAGAACAGCAAAACGCAAAAAGCGGCCAAAAAACCGAAGCAACGGCCAGAAAAAGCGGGAACAAAAAACAAAAAACAAAAGAAACAGCGCGAAAACCAAAAGAGGGGCCGACACAAAACGAACCAGCGGGGCCACGCAGCCAACCCACACCACCGACCCGGCGGCCCGGAGAGGCAAGGCACACAGGCAACGGACCCGAAAACAGCGGAGCGCGCAGGAGCGAGAGCAACCGAAGGCCAACAAGGACAGGGCAGCGGGGGGCCAGCGCCGCAAAAGCCACAAACCCAGAGACAGAGGGGAAGGCACACGGGCCGGCAGAGAAACGAAAGCGGCCCAGCGCCGCAACCAACGCCAAACACGCAAGCAACCACCGAAGACCCAAGGGCGGCAACAGACAACGGGACCCCGAGAGGCACGCAACAACAACGCACCGGCCCGCGCACAGGGCCCGCCCACAAACAAACAAACCGACACGGCCAGGGAGAAGGACAGCAGGGCAACGCGGCAGCCCAAAGGGGGCGGCCAGCCACCCGAAAAGCCGGAAAACGAAAAAAAAGGCAACGGCGGCAGGGCCGCCGCCCAAGAAACGGACGCAGGGGCGAGAGAAACAGGAACCAAAACCCCCCAAAAACAGAGAAAAGCCGCAGCGCAGAAGAAGCGCGCAAAGAACCAAAGAAAACACCCGAAAAAACCAAAAACGAACGCCCCAAAAACAGCCCACAGCACAGCAAAAGACCAAGAAAACCCAAAGACACAACCCCGCAGCCAGACAGCAAACGAGACGACGCGAGCAGAAAGAAACGACGCGACAACACAAAAAACGCACCGACGCCACAAGGAAGCAGCGAAACGCAGCGAAACAACGCACGCACGCAGCCACAGGACGCCAAGCACAAGCACGCCCAAAACACCGGGAAAAACAACGCACGCGGCCCCAGAAAAGCCCCGCCAGCGGCCCAACCCAAAAACACGCGGGCAAACACGCAACCCAAAAGCCCGCACACAGCACCGGCACCCCCCAAAGACAAAACGCCAAAAGACCAGCGGGGCACCGAAAACACGGCGCCAAAACACCAACCGCGCCGCCCCCAAGCCGCCAAGCGCCCGGCGCCCGCACCGCCGCAAGCCCACCAAGCGGAGCCCCCCCCGCGCCCCCGCGCCCAGGAGCACGCCGAGCUCCCGCCCCCCGCGGGCCCAACCCGGCCACGGCCCCGCGCCGACCCCCCGCAACGCCGGCCGCAACCCCCCACAGCCGCCCCGCCCCCCCCCAACGCCCCGCCACCGCACACCCGCGCCAGCGGAACCAGGACCAACCACCAAACCCACAACGCGCCGGCCACGACCGGAAAACGGCCCCCAGCCACCCGACGACGCGAAACACCACCCCAGCACGGCCAAACCGGGCAAACCCCCCCCCACGCCGGCAACGCCACCACAGAACCCCACCCCAAGGACCCGACAGCCCGCCCCCCCCACCCCCCCGCAGCCCCAACCCAAAACACCAGCGCCCACCCCCACCCACAACCACCCCCCCCCCCCCGCCCCAGGGAACAGCACAAACCAGGCAGCCCGCAAGCGCCAAACCCGCACCCGCCCACCGGCAAGAAAGGGCGCCCCCCGGCCCCAAGAGAGGGCCGACCGCCGGAGGCGAGCCCGGCACACAGACAGGAAAAAACGCACCCGGCGGGCAGGGGAAAGAACGAACAGCAGAGGAGAGGGCGCCGCCGACACGACGCCAGGGAAACACCCCCCAACCCGCGCGCCGCAAAGCCGAACCAAAACCAAAGACCACGAAAAGCAGCCCAAACAGCCAGACCAACCCCGCGCCCGCAAAGCCAAACCAGAAACCACAACCGAAAACCCCACAGCCGCCCAACCCCGCACCCCAAAGAAAAACAAAACAAAAACCAACCCCCAAACAGCCAGCCAACCCGCCGCGCCACCACCGAAACAGAAAACCACAACCGAACCCAAACAGACAGCACCCCGCGCCCCCCAAACCGAAAAAAAAAAACCAAAGAACGAAACCGCCCAAACGCCAGCCAACCCGCGCCCACCCCAAAGACGAAACAGGAAAACAACCAAACACCAAACGGCAAGCCAACCCGCCGCCCCACAAAGACGAAACCAGAAAGCCACAACCGAAGACGCCCAGAGAGCCAGCCAACCCGCGCGCCCGCAAAGACCGAAACCAAAACCACAACAUAAACCCCAAAAGCCACCAACCCGCGCGGCCCGCAAAAGACCGAAACAGAAACCACAACCGAAAACCCCCAAAACGGCCAGCCAAACCGCGGCGCCCCAAAACGAGACCAGAAACACAGAACGAAAAACCCAAACAGAGCCAGCACCGCGCGGCCCGAAAAGCGAGAGGAACAGAGAACCACAAGCGAAAACCAAAGACCGGCCAGCCCCAACACGCGGCCCCCCAAGACAGAAAACAGAAACCACAGACAGAACACCAACGGCCACAACCACGGCGCACCCAGAAGACAGAAAACAGAAAACACAACCGAAGGACACCAACACGCCGCAACCCGCGGCGCCCGCAAAACCAAACCAGAAACCACACAGAAAACCCCAACGCAAGAAAACCCCGGCGCCCGCAAAGACCGAGAAACAAAAACCAAAACCGAAAACACAAACGGCCAGCCAACCCGCGCGCCCAAAAGACGAGACAAGAAACCACAACCGAAACACCAAACGGCCAGCCAACCCGCGGCGCCCCCCCAAAGACAGAAACCACAAAACCACAACCGCCCCAAGACGGCCAGCCAACAAAGCGCCCACAAAGACAGAAACAAACCACAACCGAAACCCCCACAGCAGCCACAAACCCGGCGCCCAGAAGACCGAAACAAAACACAACAAACCCAAACGGGCCACCAACCCGCGAGCCCGCAAGAAAGAGACCAGAAACCACAACCGACCCCAAACCCAGCCAACCCGCGCCCCAGACCGAGACCAAAACACAACCGAACCCCAAACAGCCGCCAAACAGCGAGCCGGCGCGAGCGGCCCCCCAAACGAAACCAAAACAACAACCGAAACCCCAAACAGCAGCCAACCCGGCCGGCGCACAAGCCGCCCCAAACAAAACGACAAGACAGGCGGAAGGGGAAAAACAAAAAACGGAAAAGGGAAGAGGGAAGAACAAAGGGGGCAAACCGCGCAACCAGGGGGGGCAGCCCAAAAACCCCCCAGCCACCCCCGCCGGCACCAGCAAACAGCCGCAAACAGCCCAAGGACAGACACCACCCGCGGAAACCCCAAAAAACGCAACCCAGCGCAAAAAAGGCGGCCACGGAAAACACCGGGACGACGGCAAAGGGCCGCCGAGGGAAACCAGCCACCCAGCCCGAGCGCGACAGCAAAAAACGGCGCCCCCGCAGAGACACAACGCAAAGAGGGAACACGGCAGAGCACCGCGGAAACGGGGCGGCAGCAACAGCCCAAGCCCGAACCGCGCCCAGAAGGCAGGGCGCCAACCAGGGGAGCGCCCGCCGGACAGCAGACAGGGCCAGGCCGGGGGAAGGGGCCCAAAACACACAGAGCCAGCCGACCAACAAAACACACGAGGAAGCCGGAGAAACCAGACAACCGAGCACGGCCAAGGGCACGCAACCAGCGGCACACACGCGCCGCACACAAGGCCAAAGGGGCGGACGAAAACCAAAACAGCACGCAAGAAAGAAGAGCCAGGCAGGGGCACACCGAAAGGCACACACACGGGCGAACCAAAGCAGAGCAAACGCAGACGCGGAAACGCCAAGCAGGGCACCGGGAAGCCAACCGAACGGAGCCGAGGGAGAAGAGGGGGAACCGAACGCACGGAAAAAAAAGCAAACAAAACCCGGGGCCGAACGGCGCGACGCGCAAGCGGGGAACAAAACCAACAACCGAGAGCCAGAGCGGAAAGGCCGCGCCAACGCGGGGCGGCAGGCCAAGCGACGCGACGCAGAAAGCGACAAAGAACACAGCAGAGCGAGAAGCGAAGCGCGAGGGAACGCAGCAGGCAAGGCACGAGCAACCAACACCAGAGGGCAACCGCAAGCAACAGGACACCCGCGCGCAAGACAGCGAGCAGAGGAACGCAGCACCGACGCAACCAGAACGCCCCCGCGCAAAGACAACGAGAGCCAGAGCCAGAAGAAAGCCACGACGCGACGGCGGCAAACCGCGGCCACGGGCAAAACACAAACCGACAAAGAGGAAAAAACAGGACGAAGGGACAAAGACAAAAAAACCCCCAAAAACCGCAAAAAAAACCGAAAAACGGAAGGCACCGCAGGCCGCCGCGCCCCGCCCCAACGGGGGGGGCAAAACGACGGCCCCACGCCGCAGGACGGCAGACCGGGGAGCACGACGACGACGCACAGACCGGACACGAGGGCAGGGAAAAAAAGCAAAAAAAAAAAAGACGGGACAACGCAAGGGCAACGAGGCGCGCGGAAGCCACACACACGCCGACGCGCCGAAAAACAGACCAAACAGAAAAGGAAGCAAGACACAACAGACCCCCCGGCAAACCCCGGGGGGGGGGGGGGCGGCAGCGGCGCACGAGCAACCCGAAGAAAACCAGAAAACAGGCCAAGGGAACAGCGCAAGCCGAAAAGGCGGGGGCAAGCCGAGCGCCGGAACGGGCCGCCCCCGAGGGCCAAAGACGGGGGGCAAAGGAACGAGGAGGGAGCAAGAGAGAGGGGGGGAGGGACCGGGAAAGAAGCGCCGAGCAGGACGCGAGAGGGGGAAGCGACGACGCGCGAGAGAUAAAGCACGGCAAGCCAGGAAAGACAAGAAAGACAAGGGAGCGGCGGCAGAAAAGAGGGAGAGACGGAGCGAAGCAGCACGAGACGACAGCGCGACCAGCGAGAGCAGGAGCACGAAAAAGAAGCGCAGGAAAGAAAAAGGGCGGAGCGAGGGGAGAAAGAGAAGGAAAGGAGCGGCCAACGCGGAGGAAGAGAAAAGGAGAAAAGAGAGACCAGAGAACAAAAGCCGAGCAGGGGAGAGAGAGAGGGAGAAAACAAAAAGACGAAACAAAGGAAGCGAAGACGAAGAGAAAGAGCGAGAGACAACGAGGAAGAAGCAGAACAAAGGGCAAAGCAGGGAACAAGGGGAAGAGAAGCCGCCGAAACAAGGGCGGGGAGCGCGAGCGCGGCGCAGGGGAGAACACGGGCAAAGAAGAAGACAGCGGGGAAGCGCAAGAAAAAGAAAAAAGAAAGAACGGACGCACAGGGAGGGGGAGGACGAAAGCGAAACCAGCAAAGCGCGACAAAACCGGGACCGGGCAGCACACGCGCGCAACCAAAAACAGCAAAAACCACCGCGAAAAAGCGGCGGAAAACCAGCAGAGCCCAGAGGCCAAAAGGAAACAAAGAAACACACAACAACAACAACAACAGGGGAAGGCCGCAGGCGCCGCAAGAAAAACAGGGGACGACAACGCCCCGCCGAAGCAGCGCAAGAGACGGAGCCGAAAAACCGCCCACAGCGCAAAAAGCAGAACCAACACGCCGCGCCGCACGCAAAAGAAACAAAGCUGGCCACGCGAAAAGCGGGCGAACCAGGCCCCGGGGGGGCGCAGGACCACCGGAGGGAAAGGAAGCGGCGGGACGCCCGCCCAAACCCCGAACCGCGGCAACGGACCCACAAAAAGGGACGGCCGCACGGACGCGGGCGCAACAACGAGCACCAGCGCGCAGGCGCACGCGAAAGAGGGAGCAGUCGACACGAGAAACCGCCAGCCGGCCAGCAGGGACAGCCGACGCCAAGGAGAGGGGGACACACAAGGCGCCAAAAGAAACGAAGAGCGCACAAACACAAAGCCACAAGCCACACAGAGCAAGCCAGCAAGGAAAGCGGCAAAACGCAACAAGGCGCGAGGAAGCACGGGGGGGAACCACAGAAGCAACACCACAACAAACCACCAAAACGCGCCGCGAAAAACACAGGAGGGCCGCAGCAGCGGCCCCAGGCGGGGAACAGGGACAGAACCGGAAACAGCAGGACCGGACCCAAGAACCGGCAGAAACACAAGAGGCGCGAGGCGCCACGCGCGGACGAAAGCACGCGACCGACCGCAGGAGCGAAGGCGAGACAAACAAACGAGAAGCCAAAAAACGGACGACGACAGGGCCCGGGCAAAAAGGAAGCAGCCGGCCGAAGCCACACGCCCCAAAAAACAAAGGGGCAGGGAGACGGCAGCCGCGGCAGCCAAGAAGCACACCAAAAGCGGGGAAGAACGCAGGGGAGACCCAACGCCCCGCCGAACAACCGGAACAGACAGCCGGAGCGCCGCGAGGCGGGCGGAGAGCAGCGACAGCACAACCGGACAAGGCACGCAGGAGACAAAACCACACCAGCACGGGGCCAAAGCGACCAAGAACACCAGGGAAAAGCGCAGCGAACCAGAAGCGCCAGCACAAGGGGGGAGAACCGGGAAACCCACACCACACAGGCGGAAAAACCCCGAAGAAAACAAAAAACGGGAGAAGAGCCCCCGGGGCGGACAAAAAGCAAACCGGACAACACAAAGCGAAAACAAGAACAGAGGCCCCCCGCCGGCCGGAGGGACCAGCAAAACCCCGAACAGAGGGGCGCGGGAAACCCAAGAAGCCGCCAAAACCAGCAGAAGAAGACACAGCCACAAAGAGGCCAACCGGACGAAAGAGACAAACACCGGAAGGCCCAAACAAGACACCAGGAAAAGGGAAAGGAGGCAGCAACCGAGGGGGGCCCGACCACCGGCCAGAGGGGGCACGAGGAAAGGGCGGACACAAAGACCCCACAACGACAGACCAAAAGGAGGAACGAGAAGGAACAGAACAGGGCAGCCGGGACGGCCAAACCACCGAGCACCACGCAGGAACAACGCCGAGGCCACACGGCACCAGGGCGAAGACAGGAACAGGACGCGAGACACCCCCAGAACAGACAAACACAGCCGGGAGACCGACCCCAGCGACAGAGGCAGCAGGGACCGGGGACACCCAGACAAAAGACACAACGCACCGACGGGCGGAGGCACACCGAGGCGGCGCAGACCACCCCCAAGCAGACGAGGAGGAAGACCAGCAACACGCAAGGCAAAAAAAAAACACCACAGGCAAGACGCGACAACAGGAAAAGAAGGAACAGCAGCACAAGAGAACAACCCCCAGCGCAAAGAGGCCCCACACGGCAGAGAAAGGAGGAAGACAGCACAACAGACCAGGAAAACACCACCGAACCCAAAGGAGGACAAGACACGGCCCAGAACAGCACCCCGGAAGCGACCCGAAAAACCAAACACGAGCAAGCCACGAGGCCAGACGCGGCAGCCAAAAGCGACGAGGGACAAAACGAAGCGAAACACACGCAACGGCCGCAAGCCGAACAAAGCGACCAACAACAAAAGCGCCAACCCAGACCGGCCGAACAAGGAAAGCGAAGAACGCAACCGAAAGCCCCCCACGGCAAACGCAAACGGAACACCAACGACGGGGCAAGCACAACAGCGCAAAAACGGGGACGACGCGCGCGAAAGAGAGAACGCCAAAAGAGCGAGGACCGCCGGACAGGCAACAGGAACAAGCCGACAGCGCGGCGCAAACAGAACCCACCACAAAGACGCAAGGAAAGGACAACCAACGCGAACAGGGAAGAGGAGGGGGAGAAAGCGGGAGCAAGAAGCCCACACCACACGCAACGAGAACGAGAAGCAAGGACAAAGUGCAGGGCAAGCGGGGAACGCAAAACGAGGCGCGGCGGGCACGCGAGACAAAAAGAAAACGCGAGCCCCACGCCCACACACAAAGCAAAAAAAAACAGAAGGGAGGCAAACCAGAGGCAAACAAGACAAAAGGCGAGGCGGGCGGCCGCGCCGCCCGCCCCCCAGCAGGGCAAAACAACCAACACGGCCCAAGGACAAACAAACCGAAACCACAACCAAAAACAGAGCCAGGGCGAGAAAAAGCAGCCAAACACGGCGAAACACAAAGCAGGGAGCAGCACGGAACGGACAACAAAACAACAAACAGGAAGCAACAAAAAAAGAGCGGCAGAAGGCCCCCGCGGAGGACACAACGAGCCGGGCCAACCACCGACAGAGGGACGGGCGGGCCACAACGCAGACGCCAAAGGGCACAACAAAAGCCCGACAGGACGCGCGCCAACGGACCGCAGACGGCACGCCAGAGGGGCACAGCCAGGCCGGCAAGCACACCGAGGGACACGAAGCGACCGGACCAGCAAGAGCAAAGCGACCAACACCCCGGACGCAAGCAAACGGCGCAACGGCAAAACAACAAACGCAAACAAAACCGGCCAAAAAACGCAAGAAAACCCACCGAAGCAGAACCAAAAGACGGAACACAAACAACACAACACCCGACAAGAAAGAACGCGCAAAAACAACAGCAACCGGCACACACCCAACGACCAAACGGCAACCAAGGAACGCAGCAAACACCAGGCGGCGGCCAGAAGAAAGAAGGCACGAACAGGCGCAGCAGCGACACGAGAGCAAAACAGAAGAAAGCACACAAAAAAAGAAAGAAAACCAAAAAGAAACAAAGAGAAAGACGAGGACAGGGCAAAGGAAAGAAAG